AGAAGCCUCAGUGGUUCCUGCAACUUUUACAUUCAACGAACCAGGAAUUUAUGACUGGAAUAAUCAGGGAGUGCCCCGUGACUCUGACCAGGAUCGGCGUUUGGAGGAAGGAUGUAUGGACAAUCAGGAAAUGCCCGUGGACAGGAAUCUGAGAUUUUUGAUCUCUCAGGUCAACCAAGAUAUUGAAGCAUUUAAAAAUCUUUAUGACCGAGAUGUUGAUGAUCUUCUGAGUCUAGUGGAGAAGCUGGAGAUGACUGCAGAGGGUCUGGAACGCGUCCACUUACGUACCACCGUAGGCAGCCGGACAAGGGGGGUGAUAGGUGCUGCAGGGGGGGUCACCACUGUUGUUGGGCUCAUUCUAGCUCCCGUCACUCUGGCAGCCUCUCUGAUUGUCAAUGGUGUGGGGAUUGGUGUUGCUGUAGCUGGGGGGGUCACUAGCGCCGUCUCUAACGUCACCAACAUGGUGAACCAGUCAAUGGACCGUAAGACUAUUGAGGCGAUUCUUAGUGAAUAUCGGGAGAAAAUGGAACCCAUCCUAAUGAGUGUGGAAGGCAUGAGAACUGGCACUGAAAACUUAAAAGAGAAUGAGAGCUACACAAAUGUUGCUAAUAUGACACAGACUGCAUCGAGAGCAGGGAGGGGCCUGGGUGGCAUUGCAGAGCUUGUCCGUCUAGUCCAGGUAGUUAACGUUGGUAAGGUGGCUGCUCAAGCGGCCAGAGCUGUACGGGUGGCAGAGGCCUUCACAGGGGUGCUGUCUGCUCUCUUCAUUGCCCUCGAUGUCUAUUUCAUUGUUAAGGAUGCCAAAGAGAUCCACAACAUAAGACAAGGAUCUCAACAGCAUGAUGAAAUAAAAUCAGCCACAAUGAAGCUUGUAGCAAAUAUCAGGGAGAUGGUUUCUCAAUUUAAGGAGAAUUUAGAUGAGUUGGAAAAUACAAGGAAGGAACUGAUGACUGACGGGUAGACUUUGAACUAUUUAUGUACUUUCAGAUUGACGGGUUUUAUAUGGUAUUCUUCUAUGUACGUAAUGUAUACUAAUGCAAUAAAUAACACAUUUUACUAAUAGCUUGACUACUUCCUGUAAGGAACUAAGGAUGCCCCAAUGUUCCUGGUUGGUAAGUUGUAUACAGGCAGCACACUCUGGUCAUGAGAAAGGCAUGGAGGCCCCAUUUGACAUCAUUAGGGUGAUAAGGAAGUAAAUGACCAGAGAAGUGAUGGAAUUACCAUGUGCUCUCAUGGGACGCCUCCAUCCCGCCCUGCCUCGUCCCUGUAUCAGCCUUGUCAUGCUCCAGGAGGCCAGUAAUGCAGAUGCAAAUUUACUGAUCACACCUAUACACAAUAGCUGGUAAGGGGCAGUGCUAUUGUAGUUCGGGAUCAUUUUCAAUUUUCUAAUUUUGAA